AAGAGGUGAUUUAAAAGUGGCAUCGGGUACUGACGGACGUAUAGACUUGUGUUGCCAAGCAGGCCAUCAUGGUUGAAUGGACAGAUUUUGAGCGCGCCACCAUCCAGGACAUCUUCUCCAAGUUGGACUACGAGUUCGUUGGACCUGCAGCUCUUUGCAGGUGUCUGGUGGUCUACCCCUGGACUCAGAGAUAUUUCGGCGGAUUUGGAAACCUCUACAAUGCCGCCGCUAUCGCUGGGAACCCAAUGGUUGCAGCUCAUGGAAAAGUUGUCCUGCACGGUUUGGACCGGGCUGUGAAGAACAUGGACAACAUCAAGGACACCUAUGCAGAACUGAGCGUGCUGCACUCCGAGAAACUGCGCGUGGACCCAGACAAUUUCAAGCUCCUGUCUGACUGUCUGACUGUUGUGGUAGCCGGUCAGAUGGGUAGUGACUUCACUGGUGAAGUGCAGGCAGCUCUCCAGAAGUUCCUGGCCGUGGUGGUGUCCUCCCUGGGCAGGCAGUACCACUAGAGCGCUUCAGCACAAGUCCAUCCAUGUAGAUCAUUUAAUUUAUUAAAACAUUAAAGCUGUAAUUUUUUAUUGUGUCUCAAAAGAUAAAUAAAGUCAACUAUAUGCUUAUUUAAA